AUGUUUAUUUUUACUAUAGCUUCUUUUGUACCGUCAGAACAAGGAAUUUACGUAUCUCGUCUCAAUGGAAAUGACAGGAAAACAUGUGGAAAACUAAAUUCUCCGUGUCGUACAAUAUCUUACGGCAUACAACAAGUGUCAGCUGGCUCAUAUAUCUACCUCGAUGGGUCAGCUACAUCCAAAAAUCCUUAUAACUGCGAAACCCUAGACCCAGGACAUCCGGGGAUUCGUCUUACUAAGAGCGUAUCAUUCGUAAGUAUAAGAUCACGUGCUUAUAUCUCGUGUCUCCAUGGCAACUCGUGGUUGGUGGACGGAACUAAAUUCAAAGGCGGUAUACAGAUUAGCUUUUCCGGUCUGACUUUUCUGAAUACGUCUCUAAGGAUUUUCGAUGCUUUUGUGGCAGUCAAUGAUACUGUAUUUGCGGAAACCAAACUUGUAAGCUUAGAUAUUGAAGUGUUAAAUCUGCCUCGGCUGGAUUUAUCGCUGAAAAAUGUUGUUUUUCAACAAAAUGCAGCGUGCAUGACAAUAAAGCCUAGUAAGGGCAGCAUGAUUUUUGUUAACAUAACCAAUACGCUUUUCUAUCAAAAUGGCAAUUUCUCUUCGAACACACCGUCUAUUCUUUGGUUAAAUUCCACAGAAAAUUUGAUCAACAUUCAACUAAGGAACUGCAGUUUUAAGAAGAACAUUUUUAAGAAAUAUGGAAUGAUUGCAGUUGUAAACCAAUUAGGAACCACAAACUUUUUACUAAAUCAAUUCAGAAUGGAAGAAAAUAGCCAUACGAAUCCAAGCAUUGAAGAAUAUGACGGUUUAUUUGGUCUCGUAUCUGCUUGGGUAUUUAUGAGAUUGGAGCACGGGCUUGUUUAUAAAACAUCUUCUACUUUUCUAACUGUGACCGGGAACUCAGCGGAAAUCAACAUCUCAAACAUUCAGGUAGACGGAUUCUACUCUGUCACUCGUGGAGGGGGCAUAGUUAACGUAAUUCAAAGUGAUUCAUGUUACUUAUCAAUCAAGGAUGCCUCUUUUCGUAAUGGAAACAACGAUGGUACCGGCGGUGUCGUUUCAAUUGUUGUGCCAAAUUUGGUGCUAACCAUUCAAAACUCGACCAUUCAGAAUAUUUCCAGUUCCAAUUCAGGUGGCGCAGUUUUUAUUCGAUCACUACAGAACGCAUAUUUACAAUCGUGGAAUCGUAGCAAACAUUUCUUUGUUGAUCUACGCAUAAUCAAUUCUUCGUUUUCCUAUAGCGCGUCAAGGCUGAGCGGUGGCGCAAUAUGCGUAUUAGCUGAAAACUUAUUGGUAAUUGUCCGUGAUAGUUCAUUUCUACAAAAUAGUGCUACAUUUCUUGGCGGCGCGCUGUUUAUCCUUACGAAUAAUGCUGCUACAAUCAGCUUUCACGAUGAUUAUUUCCUAGAAAAUAGUGCUUUUGGAGGAAUUAUUUGUGCAAAAGCCCGUCGCAGAGAGUCUAGAUUAAAUCUUUAUGUCACUAACGUUGUGUUUGUUCAGAACAAACUUCACGCAACUAAGCCACAUGCUACCGGUAUUGUAUUUCUUUGGGCUCAAAGUACAAUAGUCAAUGCCAGUUUUAAAAACACUCAUUUCAUUGAGAACUUGGCGAAGGAUAGUAGCUGCAUUUGCCUUUCACUUAGUCAAUCCACGUUAAAUUUUGUAACUCUAAAUACAUGUAUAUUUCGAGAAAAUGAUGGCUUACGUGGAACAGUAUAUGUAGAAGGACGCGCUGCACUAACGUGCAAACAUUCAAUCUUCGAUUCAAAUAGUAUUGUAACUGGUACUUGCGGGAAAGCGAUAAUGGUCCUUAAUAUAAUUAAUUCAAUGAUUUUCUUAAAGAACACGACGUUUGUGAACAAUUUGUGUGCAGCACUUGUGGUAGAGUUCAGUGGAACUUCAAGUCUAAGAAUAUUCAAUUCUACAUUUGUCCGAAACAAGUAUAUGACAAGUAGUCCAGGCGCUCUGGGAAUAUUUUCCGACGACCAAACUUCAGCGAUUAAAGCUUUUAUUACAAGGGUAUUAUUCCAAGAAAAUAUAGCGGAAAUGGGAAGUGUUAUGCAAUUGAAUGACGGCGAAGUGAGAUUAACGAAGUGUACGUUUUUGAAUAAUUUUGCACGUAUUCCAGGACAAGGCGGUCAAAUUCUUAGCGCCGGGCAUCGCUCACUCGAACUGUUUAUAUUCAAUUCGGCGUUUAAACAAACAAUUCAAAAAGUCUUAAUUAAUAAUAAUAAUACAAAGGAAUUCAAGGUCACUUCGUUCCUAAGGUUAUACAACUCUUGUACGCUAUCUGUUUACAACACAACAUUUAACUGCGACACAAAAUCGGACGAACCACCCAUUCUGGUUUCCAAAGGUAUGAUAUCAUUUGACAACGCCUCGAUGAGUACUUGCCCAGUGGGUCAUUCUAUUGAAAAGGCUAAGUAUCGUUACCCUGACAGUUAUAUGCCAUUUUUCUCUCUUACUUUGUCCUGUAAGGCAUGUGACUACAAUUUCUACUCUCUGCAAAGAGGAACAGCAAGAGGAACAGCAAGAGGACUGAAUGUAGACGAUAGUUUCGAAUGCACACCAUGUCCGCGUGGAGCAGACUGUGUUCCUGCCGUCAGGUCAAAGUCCAACUUUUGGGGAUACCAAAUUAGUCCGACUCCUCCUAAACUAGCUUUUACAAUUUGUCCGUUUGGUUACUGCACGUCACCGCCAGCUAACAGUAGUAAAUACAAUGAUUGCCAAGGAAAACGUACAGGAGUUAUGUGUGGAGAGUGUUCUCAAGGCUAUACAGAAGCGCUGUGGUCAACGUACUGUACACCUGUCAAAGACUGCCACGAUCAUUGGUUUUGGCUUCUGUUUCUAGCACUUGUCUUUUCUAUGGCCAUCCUCCUUGUGUUCAAGCCUCCGUUCGUAACGUAUUCUUUAAAACAGAUAUUUUGGUUUAAAAGGUUUGUAGGCAGUCGUACGGCAAACAUUCAAGCCAAUCAUGACAUAAUUCGCUCCCUCUCAGUGGACGAAGAGACCGGACAGGAAAACAUACCGUUGUCUUCAACAGAGCAACUCAAACAAGGCAAAAGACAAUUUUCCCGCUCUGUGGAGAUUAUCUUCUACUUCUAUCAAAUAGCACAAUUGCUUCUUUCCUCGAGUUCUCUGACAGAAUUUUUUGACACCCAAUUCCUUGCACCUGUUCUGGGCUUCUUCAAUUUCCAACCAAGUUUUAAGAAACAAGGUUUUCUGUGUCCUUUUCCAGGUCUCACUCCAGAGACAAAGUUGGGUUUUAAAAUUGCUCCUGUCUUUGGAACUUUAGUUGCUAUUUUCUUUAUCUAUGCCUUGCAUUUCUUCUUCAGUCGUAUGAGAGGCGCUCUUCGUCCUGCUAUUUCGCCAUACCUCCAAGCCAGUAUUAAAACUGUAUUCCUCGGGUACGUAACCUUGGCUACUGUCAGUAUUUCGCUCAUUCGCUGUGUUUUUGUUUCAGGCGAAGCUCGAUGGUUCUACAAUGGAAAUGUCUUAUGCUACCAAUGGUGGCAAUAUGCAGCAUAUAUUUUUAUUGCUAUCUUUGUGGUUCCUUUCAUAUUUGUGCUUGCUUGCAUUUCGUUUAAACUUCACCAUGAUAAAAUAACAAUCCAACAGUUUCUUCUAGCCAUUAUCUUCCCCCUUCCAUUCUUAAUGCUAUGGCUGUUCCGCUUUGUUUGUCCAUCUCCAGUAGCGAAUGUGGAAGAAAACCAAAAUUUAAACGCAUUAAAAGAGAUGCUCUUGGCUCCUUAUGGACAACCGAAAGGUGGAAGCAAGCGAGGGGCUUUAUAUUGGCAGAGUGUCUUGAUUGCUCGUCGGUUUAUUUUGGUUUUAAUCUUCUGUGUCGUAACUGAACCAUCUAUCAGAUUAUUCUGCAUGACUCUUACUUGUGUUUUUGUGCUUUGCUGUCAUCUCCAGGUUAAACCAUUUCAAAAUUCGUUGGCGAACAAUCUCGAGUCUCUUUCUUUGUUGUUUUUGGUCAUUUUAGGCCUGGUCAACCUGUUUAAGUCUGUCUUCGUUGGUUCGGAACAAAAUAUCAAGGGUUCUUUAGUAACAGUUUUGAAAGUGUUUCAAUGGCUAGAGAUAGUUAUGUUAGGACUAUUUCCAGCUAUUCUUUUGCUUCUUGUAUGCUUUGCUAUAAUUUCUGUUUUUGUUCGUGUUCUCUUCAUGUGCUUCAGGUCGAUUUUUAAAUGUUUUUUCAGACCUUGCCUGCAGAGGUGGUUUUCACGUGAUUCUACCCGUUUGUUAAAUAUUUGUGACAAUAUCAACGAUCAAUAGUAAAAACUUUAUCAACUGAACUAAAGUGUGAGUUACAAGAUUAAGAAAAUAAAAACUAUUAAUACAGUGUACUUUUGGGAAAAAAAAAUAGGAUUAGAAUUCCACAAUUAACUAAACAAUUUGGACAUUUCUGGCCACUUUCUGAGUUUUGAAAGUCACCAAAAAUGGUGAACAUAAAAGGGGAUAGCCUUUAUAUUUUGUGAACAAAAAGUUAAG